AUGCAACAAGCUAAAGACUUGAUGACACAAAAACAACACAUUGAAACAUUUGUGAUCAAGCAAAUUGAGGAAGCUCGCGUUAAUUAUCACACUUUACUGAGUAGAGCACUUGAUUGCACAAGAUGGUUGUUGCGACAGGGUUUGGCUUUUCGUGGGCACGAUGAAUCUUUGAAAUCGAGCAAUAGGGGUAAUUAUAUAAAGCUUAUGCAAUUUCUUGCUGAUCAUAAUGAGAAAGUUAGGAAGGUUGUGUUUGAGAAUGCACCCAAGAAUCUCAAUUAUACUUCUUCUGAUAUUCAAAAGGAUCUUGUUCGUGCUUGUGCUAGUGAAACUAUUAAUGCAAUCACUAAAGAUAUGGAAGGUACAUUUUUUUCUCUCUUGGUUGAUGGAUCACGUGAUGCUUCCACUAAAAAGCAAAUGGCGGUGGUAUUGCGUUAUGUGAACAAAACAGGAGAAGCAAUUGAAAAGUUUUUGGAUGUUCAACAUGCCUCCUCUACAACUAGUAGCUCACUUGAAGAUGCCAUUGAGGGAUUGUUUUCUACAACAAAUUUGAGUAUGUCCAAGUUACGAGGACCAUGCUAUGAUGGAGUUAGUAAUAUGAUAGGUGAGUUAAAUGGUCUCAAAACAAAGAUUUUGAACAAAUACCCUCAAGCAUUUUAUAUUCAUUGUUUUGCACACCAACUCCAACUAGCUCUUGUAUUUGUGGCAAAGGAAAAUGAGGAUGUUGCCAAUUUCUUCAUCAAUGCAAGUAGUUUGGUGAAUCUUAUUGGAUCAUCAUGCAAGCGUCAUGAUGCAUUUAUAGAGAAACAACAAGAACAAAUUCAGAAAGCUCUUGAUCUUGGUAAUCUUGAAACGAGUAAAGGGUUAAAUCAAGAAAGUAGUCUCAUGUGUCCAUGUGAUACACAGUGGAACUCGCAUUAUGGUACUAUAGUUAGUGUUAUUGUUAUGUUUGAAGACGUGGUAGAGGUGGUUGAAUGGAUUAAAAAUGAUCGUAACCAAGAUAAUCUCGGUGAAACAACUAGGUUAUUCAAAGACAUAUAA